GAUAUAGAGUACCGUCCAAUAAAAAUAUUGGCUAUAGACAAUUAAAAUUUAUUUUAAUAAACCAAUUGGUUAAAUCUAUAAGGCCAUGCUAGUCAUUAACAAAAUGAUGUUUGUAAUGAAAUUUAUAAUUUUCUCUGUAUAUUUAACGUUUGUGCAAAGUUUAAAAGGAACUAAUGUGACGAUUUUACAAAGGAAACCUAACAAUAGCGAUAUUCUUUUCGAAGAUCCGACACGUCCAAGUCUAUCAUAUCCUACAUCUUUGGCUUUUCUUUUUAUCUUCACGACUUUAUUAGUAGGUGUGGUAGUCAGGGCGGUUAUGCUAUGGACCAGUACCGUACUUCCUUAUAGAGUAAUCAUGUUUUCUUUAGGCGGUAUCGCUGGCUUCUGUGCGAAUAGAUACCCGUCUUUCAAACCUUACGUAGAAAUCUGUUAUACAGACAUAGAUAUAAUUUUGAUAGUUUUCCUUCCAGUUCUUAUGUUCAGUACAUCCUAUGCAGUCGAUUCUCAUUCCUUCUGGAAAAGUUUCCCACAGAUUCUAUUAGUAGGUACACUCGGUACGUUAUUAACAUCAUUAAUGUUGGCUUUCAUGGCUUAUUAUCUGAUUGAAUCGUCAUGGAAUUUUACAACUGCUGUACUGUUCGGUGUAGUCUGUGCCCCGAUUUAUCCAACUGAGGUUGUUAAACGGUUGAAAGAGAUGUCACGUGGGAAAUAUAUAAGUGUGCUGCUGUUGGGGGAAGGUUUGAUUGGUGAUGCGACAGCUAUGAUCGAGUUUACAGCUGUUUUUGGUUAUUUAGCUAUGGCUAUAAGUGAAGCAUCUCAGAUAGCGAUGCUUUUAAUAAGAUAUGCUGGAGGGGGAAUACUAUUGGGUGUAAUCACCGGCAGGAUUAUAGCUGGUUUACUCUCUAUAACUUAUAACGAUUUAUUAUGUGCGGUAACAGUUACUUUAGCGGGUGCAUAUUUAACAUACUACGUUGGGGAGAAGUUCUUUUACGUGUCUGGUUUACUGGGGACUGUGAUAGCAGGUGUUAUUGUCAGUAGAAGAAAAUCAACGGUAGCUGGAGAUGUGGAGCAAGUUGUGGCACAUUUCUGGAACAUUCUAUCCCAUGCGUCGAACACUUUGGUCUUCACUAUGGUUGGAGUUGUUAUAUUCGAGAAGGUCAGCUAUGUGAUGAGUGUACGGCAAGUUUCUUUGAUCUUCGUAACGUAUUCGACUGUCUACUGUUCGAGGCUGAUGGUAUAUUCAGCAAUGACGCCGAUUUUAAGGCACAUUGGUUAUGGAAUAUCGUGGCAACACUCGAUGGCUUGUGUGUGGGGAGGGUUGAGAGGACCACUCUCUUUGUGUUUGGCGUUGAUUGUGCUACAAACUCCUGGAGUAGCAGAUGCUGGAGAGAUAUUUAUCAUACAAACAGCAGGACUUGUGUUAUUGUCCUUACUCAUUAAUGCUAUAACAAUGGGAAAAGUCCUUAAAAUCUUAGGCUUGGCCGAGAUAUCCCUUGCUAAGAAAGCUAAUAUGACGAACUGUGUGAAACGAAUCAUGUUGACGAGAGAUCGUUGCAUUUCAAUGCUGAAGAUGGAUAAGUUUCUAGCAGACGCUAAUUGGGAUCUUGUACAAGCAGGUACCACAAUAAAACAUCCAUAUCAAAUACAAAUGUCUAAACGUGAUGAUGAUUAUGAAGACGAUACUUAUAUGGGCUAUCAUUAUUCCACUUGCCCGGACUGUGAGAGGGAAAUCCCUAAUGAACCCACUAAGAAAGAGUUCGCCGAGAUGAUGAGGGAAGCAAAUCAGCGUGUACUAAAGGCUAUGAAAAUAUCUUACUGGAGACAGUAUGAACAUGGGAAAAUAAGUAAAGACGGGGUACGGACACUAGUGCAGGCUGUGGAGGUUGCCGCGGACUCUGAUGAUGGCAGGGUUAAUCUAGACCUGCUUGGCACAUUGUGGAAACCUAAAGCGCAUGCGGUAUGGCUACGUCGUAAGUUGAUCAAGAUGAUGACACCAGAAGCGGCUACAGUGCAGAUGCCACACAACCGCUGGCGUCAGCUCGCUUACCGUAUGGUCUCCAGUGUAUGGUUUGAUGGCUUCAUCUAUGUAAUGAUAUUGUGCAACACGCCAAUUAUACUGUGCGAGGUGGCGCUGCGAGCGCCCUCAAGAAGCGUCAUUUAUGUCAUCAAAUCUUUGAAUUUAUUUUUCUACAUAAUAUACGUAUUAGAGAUGAUAAUAAAAAUGAUGGCGUUGGGCGUGCACGGUUAUUUUAAGUCUCACUGGAAUAAGUUGGAUUUCCUCAUUAUUGUUAUGGCUACAGGGGACCUAGUACUGGACGUACUGGACACGUUGACAUCGUGGAAUAAAUGGUCUAAUCUAAACUCCAGCGUACUAACUGCCACUAAAUUACUAAGAACAUUGCGUUUUCUGCGACUUUGCAAGUUGGCUAGGGUAUCAGUUCCUAAGAUAAUGGCCUAUAUCGAUAGGAUGAUAGACAUACAACUUGCAUUCGGGUAUGAUGUUGGUAAGGGCUUUGUGACCGCAGAACAAGAAGUUUGUUCGUUACUGCCUCAAUUAGUGGAUAAUUUACAAAUACAAGAGAAACUUGACAGUAGACUGGAAGCUGACAGAUUAACAGUGACUCGUCAGUUGGGUCUUCUACAACGCGAUAGACCUUGGACUGCUAUCACUGUGAAGACGAGACAAGCGACUACUUCUACUUUAAAUAUUAUGAUCCUAGAUACUCUGCAGUUGAAAGAAGAAGGUUUUCUAGAUGAAAUGGAAUAUCGUUUAUUAUUGAAUGCUAUUCAGGAGAAAGUACAGAUGUGUAGACAUAAAGGAAGUUUAGUUGCACCUUCAACACCUGAAACUCAGUUACGAGCAGUAUCAUGGCUUCAAGGUAACGAAAGAGUUGCGGAUUUCUUUCUAGAAAAUUCCGAAAUUUUAAAUUACAAUUAUAACGACGUGUUAGUGUCUCGAGGUGACGAGCCCAAAGGUUUGUAUAUCUUGGUGUCAGGACUCUUAGAAGCGACAUAUGAACCACCAGAAGAAGACCUCGAUGAGGCGAUACCGAACUAUGAAUUCCUCACAGACCUGAAGUUCAGUGAGCCUAGUCAAGAUUAUAUUGUUUCUGGUAACGCAAUCGGCGUCUUGGGUGCGCUAACCAAUCGGCCAUAUAGUUACACGGUGCGAUGUGAUACUGCUGUCCAAGCGUAUUUCAUCAAGAUGCCCAUCGUUAAAGAAGCUUUCAAUCUCGCUCCACAUCCUAUUAUGGGUCUGGAAGCGGCGAUGUGGCGUGAGAUUGGUAUAAAAUUAUCAAUGAUGGUGCUGCCGGGCGUGCCGGCGUACCACGGCUGGUCGAUAGAGAGACUCAGUAUGCGCCUCGAACAUGCAUUUGUGCCCUGUCUUAGAGCAUUCAAGAUAUUCGUUGUGAACGAGCUGAUGGAGGACAUUAUACUAAUAGAUGGAAUUUGUCAAGACAUGGCCACUAGAGAAGUGUUUCAACCGCCCUGUUAUAUACCAAGGACAGCGCAUAGACUGGUGUUUCCCAAAUCAUCACAACUGAUAGUGUCAAGCACGUGUCCUGAAACAAAGCUCCUCAUCGUCCCAGCGAAGGAUACAGAUGAACUGGACAUCAUGGAGGAUGAAAUAGACGAUAUGCAAUGCGAACUGGUGUCAAAUGCAUCGUCUCGCUGCUUAUACCAUAAAGUAUCACGUCGUGUGUCGAGCGAGUCUCGUGCGGCGUCAGUGCGGCGCGGCCGCGGCAAGCGUCGCCGGGCACCGCGACGCGUCAACUAUAGAGAAUCCGUUUGGGGCAAACAAAUAUCGACUGCAGUAAUGCCGGGAGUGGCGAGUGAAAAGGAGCUCAACUCGAAGUAUUAUAAGCCAAGCUUCGAUGAUUUGCCUGAAAAGUUGGAAGCAAAUAAAGACGAUGUAAGGCACGGACAAACUGGAGUGUCAUUGCCGUACUCUCCAUCAUCGUCAGUUCACACGCAGGCGGAUCAAGAGUUAUAUUCGAAUUCAUUGAAACGACAAAGAAGAUUGUCUGAUGGGAAGAAAAAAUAAUUUAUCGUUGUGACGUCAGAGUUCUUGUUGGCUAUAUAUUUUUUGCAUUGAUAUUUACAUUUAAUUGAUUUUUUACAACCUUUUAUUAAUAGUAUUAUUUAUUUACACAAAAAACAGUUUGAGUCUUAACUACCUUUUUAUGUCAACAAAAUCACAAAAUAUUAUUUUGAAUAUCCCCAACAUUUUAGGGGUGGAUAGAAAAGUGUUAUAUAAAUUGAAAAAAAUAUACAAGUUGUUUUUAUACUUUAUUUCAAAAUAAAAAAUAGUAAUAUAAAAAAGUAAAAUAUAAACCUAUGGUCCCAAACCGCAACUAAUAGACCAAAAAGUUUCAUUAAGCAAAAUAAAAGAAAGUAGGUUAGGAAUGUAAAUAACAUGCAUAGGGAAGAAGCACCAGAUUGCUGUUACAUAGAUAAAAAUAUUUAUGGUGCAAAUAAAUGUAAAUAAAUAAACUUUAACGGAUAAAUAACUCAAGAUAUAUAAUCUUAAAAUUAUUUUCAAGUGACACUUUAUCUUAGAAUAACAAUAUUUAUAAUAUUUAAACUAGAACAUUAAUAUUCAAAUACAAAUUGCCAUUUUUAGGCUUAUUUUUAUGCUGGUAUUUUUAAAAUAUGCAUUUUUUGCAGUCAGAAACUGUCCAAAAACUGGUUUAGAUUGAUUGUUUUCUAAUUCACGAUAAGAUUGUCAUAGGAAGAGUAAAAUUGCUAUUUUUAAAAUUUUUUAACAAUAAACAUUAACAAGGUUUGUUUUUAUACAACUUUUGAUACAACAAUCUAAUCACUGGGCAUAACACUGGAUUAUAUCGCGUUUAAAAACAUUCGGAAAAUUAUAAAGAUAAUUUUUAUCAGUAUAUAUUUUUCUUAAAAAAAAAGUUGCCAGUAAUAUCAACAGCAGCCAAAAGGUAUUUAAAAAAAAAUUUAUAGUCGCUAUUCAAUAUUUCAUAAUGGAAUUGAGUACAACAUUUCAAUACCUUUCAAUAAUCAACGACCUUCUUCACUAGAUUAAAUAUCUGUACUCAGAAAAACAAUACAUCUGCAGCUGUUUUACAAAAACAAUAUUGACUUUACAACAAAAAAAA